AUGUCUUUGCAACUGUCGAAAUCAGACACCAUGUGGUCCAGCAAAGUAUCGGGCGUCUCAACAGCCUAUAUCUCACUAGCAGGCGCCAUAUUCUCUCUCAUCCUCUUUACACUCCAACGCUUCCUCACAGUCCAAUGGAAAGGAAGAGAACGAGCACCGAGCAUCACAAUUGGCAACGUCAACAAAGAGAAACAACCAAAAGCCAAGCUAGAUCUGCCGUAUCUGUUACAAUUCCCUCCUUCAAGACGACAUGUCCUCGCUACGCUUCCCGGGUUCGACAACACGGACGUACAGGCUAUCGCACCAGAGACCCUCAAGUCCCAAGCCUUGCCAACGGUUACGACACCCGACUUUAGCAAGGGCGAUCUCUACACACCAACCGGUUUCUCAACCCAGGACAUCAAGAACCUAGGCCGUUUUCCCGACUAUGCUGCUCUAAGCGGUGUCCGUGAUCCGAACCCUGUUCCGGAAAACUGGGAUAUUACCAAGGCGAAGUUUCGACCUUAUCGACCUUUUCGUUGGGGGUAUCAUCAGCAUAUGGCCCUUAUGAAAUAUGACCCAGACUAUUGGGUCGAACUCACAUCCUCAUACCACACUGUCAUGGCCACCCGCCGCUCCUUGCUCGCCCAACAUGGUUCCCGGAUUUUCUUCCAAAACCCCUGCGCUGAACACGCCUGUCGGGAAUUAAUGGAGAUGGUUCUGACGUUUCUAUGCAAGCGGUAUCCGAUGCACUUUUCCCUUUCAGUCGACAAGACCUUAUUCAACAACCGCCUCCUUAACACCACCACCAAUUUACUUCAAACCGACCCCCUGCAAGUCCUCUUUGACAACGUCCCCGAAGACUACGCCGUCAUGAUGCGCAACGAGUCCGACGGCCUUUACUACCUGCGCGCAGCAAUCGUUUGUUCAUCAGUCGGUUGGUACGCAGCUCAACACCGCGAUGCUUCCCUCAAGUCAAUCCACACGCAUGUUCCGGACUACGAGUCCAAGAUGGCCUUUUCCAUGGAUCGCUGGUUUAGUAAGUUACCCACUGAGAGCCCAGUAAGCCGCUGCUCAUGGGGUCUAGAAGAUUGGGAAGCUUUUCACACCUCCCCCGAUAACUCAGGGAACUGGACGCGGUCAGCGUUUAAGGGUCGGGAAGACCAGCUUACGGUGAAAGACAUAAAGUUGCGCUGCGACGCACAAACACUGAGAAGGUUACCGGUUAGUGGAAGCGUGGUGUUCAAUUUCAAGGCUUGCUUCUGGGAAUUGGAGGAGUUGAGGAAUGAGAAAUAUGUGCCACAGUUGUUGGGGAAGGUGUUGAAGGAGGGAAAGGUGAAUUUGAUUGAGUAUAAGUGCGAGGAACAUGUGCGGCAGGUGGCGAUGGGAGCAUUGGAGGAGUGGGCCGAGGAGCAGAGACAGAAGGGGUGGGUGCCGAAGGAUUGGGAGGUUGGGACAUUGAGCGAGAGUCCGUUUUUUCCGGGUUGGGAGGGGAAGUGGAAGGGGGAGUAG